GGAGUGCACUCUUCUUUAUUCUCGAGUCCAAGGGAGAGAGAAGCAGGUGGAGCUGCAGCAGUUCGCCACAUCUGCAUCCUCCCCUGCAUGCCGAUCGCCUCCAAGCUCCUCUACUUCCAGCGCCGCCCCUCGCCGGCGCCGCCGGACCCGCCGGAGCCCCCCAAACCUCCCCGCCGAGCCGCGGGGCCCCGCCGCCGCCGCAGCUCCGCCGGCAUCUCCCACCACCAUCACCACAAGCCGGGUCAGGAACUUGUUCCAGGGAAUCAAAGAGAUGGUGCUAAGCUUGUGGGAUGUUCUGGAAACAAAAUAGAACAUGUUGUGGGCACGGGCUCCGGCUCAAGGCUAAACCAUAGUGUAUCAGAUCAUGGACGGCUCCCUGAUGCUGUUCAACAAGCUAGAGAAAGGCUUCUUCAGAGGCUUAAUAGUGUAGACUUGUCUGGAAGAAGGCAGCAAAACACUCCAUCCUUCGAAACUAUUUGGGCUGGAGUACUACCUCAUCCUGCUGACACUGAUGUCUCUACCACUACGGAUAGCGAACUUGGUAGCCUGACCACUUACUUCCAGUCCAGUGUAUCCAUCGCCGCCUGCAAAGUCCAAGAAAUCUUUGUAGAGCCUUUCAGCGCCAUGGAUAAAUGUAUGCCUGUCACGUCAUGCAUGGAACGGGUCCCUGUGAUGCAAGAAACAGCCUGCGAAGACGCGGGAGAAGGUGAGAGUGUGUCACCUUCACCAGAGUGCUCGAUAUGCCUGGAGAGGUGCGGUGAUGCGGACGGGCUCAUGGAGCUGCGCUGCAAGCACAUCUUCCACUCGGCAUGCCUAGAGCGGUGGCUCCGGUCCCACGGCGACUGCCCCUACUGUAGGGCUACUGUGCUCCGAACAUCGGACGAAUAAGGAAACUGAGGGAUGACACCUAAAUUAUGUUACUGCUUAACCUGCUCUGCAAGGACCUUUUUAGUUUUUUUUCUAGUGAGGCGAUGAUACCUUGCGGUGUCUGUUGCUGUAUGCGGCUUCAGCAGUUACUUGUUGCAACUGUCUGUUUGAUCUAUGUGAAACUGGCUCCACGUGAGAGGACAGCCAGUAAGCUAGCUGAACUACUGUCUACUGAACUUUUGCUCUUCUUA